GUGAUUUUCGAUGAAAUCGAACUCACCGACCUGUGCCUAGCCGAGUGUUCAACAAAAAACGCCAAUCACAGCUUUCAGGUGAUAACCCCUUUCAGAUCAUUGGUGCUUUGCUGUGAAUCUAGAAGAGAAAUGGAAGACUGGCUUGGCGCUCUCACUGCCGCUUCUCAGCGCCAAUACCAUGAGUCCGACCAACCAGACUGUUUGUCUGGACAACAUCAUUGGUAUGCCACGUCACACGCCCGACCAACAUACUGCAACGUUUGCAGGGAAGCCCUCAGCGGAGUUACAAGCCAUGGACUUUCCUGCGAAGUGUGUAAAAGCAAAGUUCACAAAAGAUGCGCCGCCAAAGCUAUUAAUAAUUGUAAAUGGACCACCUUAGCAUCAGUAGGAAAAGACAUUGUCGAAGAUCCUGACGGUAGUAUCAUGAUGCCUCACCAAUGGAUGGAAGGAAAUUUACCUGUUUCAGCCAAAUGCACCGUAUGUGAUAAAAAUUGUGGUUCAGUUCUUAGAUUACAAGACUGGAGGUGUCUGUGGUGUCGAACAACAGUGCACACCCAGUGUAGACCAAACAUACAAAGCUGGUGUCCCCUUGGCCCCGCAAGAGUGAGUGUAGUACCUCCGACGGCCCUACAUUCAAUCCAGGACGAGGCUUGGGAUGCUGUUAGACCGCAGGCUUCUUCUCCUCUUUUAGUAUUCGUUAAUUCUAAGUCAG